AUGUCGAGUCCCGACCCCGCGCCUCCAUCAUUCUUCCCUGCCCUCGCCGCGCGCUUCACCGCGCUAAUCUGGUCCCUACUCGACGCAGACCUCGCCAAAUCGGCAUUAUUCUACGCCGAGCGCUACUUUGCGCUCGAUGACACGAACCACGAUGCCCGCCAUCUCUACGCCACCGCGCUCUUGAAAGCCGAGCAGAUCCAUUCGGCGCUGUUUUUGGUCAAUCAUAGGGACGACGCUGUGCCAUGCCGCGCGUGCUACGAUAUCAAGGCGUCGUGUUGUGAGAAACUCGGGCGCCACCGCCAGGCGCAUGAGGCGCUUGCGCGGGCGGCGCAGGUCACGGUGUUGGGACCAUCGCUUGCUUGCGAACCAAGAACGAUAAGCGCUCUGCCGCCCGACGCUGUGCUGCACGCGCGCGCCGGCCUCGCGGCGUUGCGCGGAAACCUGCCCGAGCAGGCGCGCAUUGAAUUGUUGGCUGCACUUCGGUUACACCCAUACCUUUGGGAAGCAUUUGAAGGGCUGUGUACUCUUGGUAACGUGCCCGAGAUCGAGGAGCUGUUCCCCACGCGCGCGCACGAGCGCAGAACAUAUCCAGCCGGCGACGAAGGCAUCGCACGGCCCGCCACAUCCGGAGCAGCAUUCUUCAGCCCCGAACCCGUCAGCGCAGGCGCAGGCCUAUUCCGACGCGCAAACGCAGGCGAGGGCAACUUUCGCUUAGGCGCCGUGCACCCGCGCGAGUCAAUGAUGAGCGAGACGUCGUCAUAUGGCGAGCCCUCUUUUCUCGCUGCCCAUCCACCUAUACCUCCAUCGCGGGUCAAAGCUGCCUCGUCACAAAACUCCCGUCCGCUUUCUUCGCCUGCAGACGAUGGUGCACCCGCUCAUAAAAAGGCGCGAACAGGGUCACAUCUCACGCGCUCCGGCGCGGCUUCGUCGUCCGAUACGACUGUCAAUGGACAUGCGCAUAAGCCAGAAGCGGCGGAAUCGAGGAUUGGAGGGGUGACGAAUGGGAAGAAGGCUGGGCAGAGGGCUGCGCUGGGGCGGACGAAUGCACCGCCGCCUGCUGUCAAAGCUGCUCAACGUGCGGCGGCCAAGUUGGAUGAUGCGGGGACGAGGAGGAGUUUGAGGUUGGCUGGUGGGACUGGCGCAGGAGGGGCAAAAGCGACCACUAAGCCGCCAUCGACGAGAACACGGACUACACGACCUCCACCACCUGUAGCUCGUUCAGCCGAGUCUGACGAUGAUCCGCCGCGGUCUGCAUCCUCUGCAUCUGCUGCUGCGCCACCACAUACGCCAGCUGUCCUACCUGACGAGGGGGACUUGCUCGCCGAGCAAUAUAUCUACGAUCUGAUGCGAUUGUUCGCGUCAGCACAUCGGGCGCUUGCUUCAUAUGACACUGCGUUGUGCAUGGAGGAGCUGGAUAAGCUGCCACAUAAACACCAACGGAGUCCACAUGUUAUGGCCAUGGUCGGGAGGGCUCAUUAUGAGCGGACAGAUUAUAUGGCGGCCGAACGUGCGUUCGAAGCCGUACGCAUUCUCGAGCCGUACAGGAUGUGGGAUAUGGAGGUCUACAGUACUUUACUCUGGCACCUCCGUCGCAAAGUGCAACUCGCCUUCCUUGCGCAAGAGCUGAUGGCCGUCGACCCAAAGGCACCACAAACCUGGAUAGCCGUUGGCAACACGUUCUCCCUAGAACGCCGUCGAGCACAAGCAUUAUCAUGUUUCCGACGCGCAGCCGCACUCGACGAGGCUUGCGCAUACGCCCAUACCCUCGCAGGGCACGAGACGAUCGACGAUGAUGUGGAUCGGGCCGUGCAGGAGUUCCAGCUGGCGCUGAGGGCCGACGCGAGGCAUUACAACGCCUGGUAUGGACUAGGGACGUGCUACCUGCGCAUGAGCAAGAUACGCAUGGCCGAGUACCACUAUCGCAAAGCGGCGGAGAUUCAUCCAAAUAACGCGGUCCUGCUAGGCUGCGUCGGGAUGGCUGUCGAGCGCCGCGGGGACCGGGAAGGCGCCCUGGCGCUGUUCGACGAGGCGGUCCGUUUAGCUCCUGAGAACGCCUUGGUGCGGUACCGGCGUGCGAAGAUGCUUAUCGGGAUGAAGCGGUACGAGGCGGCGAUCAAGGACCUCGAGGUGUUGCGCGAUAGCAGCCCGGACGAGAGCAAUGUCGUGUUCCAGCUCGCGCGGGCGUACAGGCUCGUGGGCGAUGCGGUGAGGAGCGCGCAGAUGCUGGCUGUUGCGCGGGAUGUCAGUCCGAAGAGCGUGGGGAAGAUUAAGAAGCUCAUGGAGACCGUUAAAGACGGUCGGGCGGACGAGAGCAUGGACGAGGAGAAAUCUUCCGCGAACUUUUGCGUUUUUGACUCGCCUGCCUCGCCUCGCCUCACCUCGUCCCUUCGCCCACAACCGCCCAUACCGCCCCCACCAAUGCUCGGCUCCUCCCACGCCACUGCAGCUGCCGCCGCCGCGCGGUCCAAGCUGCAGCUCGCCUCGGGCUCCGGCCCGCGCGACAACACAUCCCUCCAUCGCUGGGUCCUCCUCAAAAACUCGCUCAUCAACUCGCUCUCGCCCGCACUGGCCGUCGUACAGCCCUCCACUACUCCACCGGCAUCGCCCGUGGCCCCAGAACCGGAUGCCGGCGCCGGUGCCGCUUUCGUCUUCCCUGACCCGUCUCCAGCCAAGAAUCACACAGACGAGGCUCAGUGGUUCGAUAACCUGCUCGACGAGCUCGACCACGACGAGGAGGACGAAGAGGACGACUGCUUCUCGUGCGCCGUCGACGCCGAGCAGCCGUUGCCUGCAUUACCCGAUUCGGACGGCGAAGAUCUCGAUGAGUUCGAGCCCGUUUACGGACCCGCGACAUCAGACGAGGACCUCCUCGCUCAUCAGCACACCGCCCUCUCGCGCCCCGUGUAUACCUACGCGCCGCCGCUGCUCGCGUCAAGCUCGUACGCAUACCCGCCACUGCCUUACCCGCCGCUUGACGACGACGAGCCCCCGGUACCUGACGCCGUACCGGAUGACUCUGACGACGAGAGUGAUGCUCCCAGCACACCCAGCUUGUUGCGGUCGAGCGCCUCUUCCAGUUCACGUGCUCCCGUCGCCGUCGCCAUUGCCCUCGUGGACGCGUACCACGAAGACGACGACGCGUUUGGGUUCGACGACGAGUACUUCUUCGCUGAACAUGGUGCGGGCGGGGACCCGGCUCAGGAGUGCUAG